GGCUUGAUGAUUGCUGCGUUUGCCAAAGCAGGCUGUAUAUUGAAGGACGAUGUUUACUUGAAGAGAGCCAUCAAAGCAGCUACGUUUGUGAAGAAAUAUUUAUGGAUUGAAGAAACAGGCAAAUUGACAAGAAGUUGCUACAAAGGCGAUGAUGGGGAAAUAGUUCAGCUGUAUGUCAUGUCUUUGUUAUUUUAAAGUGUACAUGACACAAAAUGUUCUCCUCAAUUCUUAUUGAAAGAAACUUUUGUAUUUUUGUGUUUUGACGUCACUGGCUGUGCUUAAGGUGACAGCAAAAAGAAGAAAGUCUAAUAUGUCAGAAGUGAUUCAAUGAAAUUAAAUGAAAUUUGGUACAGUUAAUAUAAGUGCACCUACAGUAAGGCCAUUCUUUCAUUAUUUUCAAAGUACUUUGAAGUAAUGCAUGAAAAAUGGAGAAAAAAAUGUCGUGUCAAAAAUCGAUUUAAAUAUGAUAUUAUUAGCACUAUAUAUAGCUAAGUACCGAAAAUGAAGAGAGCAAUCAAAUUUAGUUAAGUAUAAAAAAUGUGGAAGCUUUGUUUUGAAAACUGUAUGUAAAUAGCCCUAUAUAUAUCUAUACUUUUUUACCUAAAUUUGUAAAACUUUGUGUAAUUUUGCCAAGGAAUUUUCUGAGCACUGAUGCUCUGAGCAAGUUUUAAAGUUUAUCAAACUUUGAACAUGCUGAUCCAUCCAAUUGUUGAAAAAUCGUACGUAAACCAGAAACUAAUCCGUAUAACAUCUUGUUUACAUUUAGUGAGAAUCCUGUAGAAGGUUUUUCCGAUGAUUAUUCCUUUCUUAUUCACGGCUUACUGGAGUUGUAUCAAGCAUCGUUUGAUGAGGAAUGGUUAAAGUGGGCAGCACAGUUACAGGAAAAACAAAAUGAGUUGCUAUGGGAUGAUCAAGCUGGUGGAUACUUCGAAGGGGGAGAACAGUCUAAACUAUUAUUACGACUGAAACAAGGUAGAGCAAAACAAUGCAAACACCAACGUUUAUACGGCCGACCUGACAAUACAACCGCUAUAUAUCGUGUGUUCUUAUGUCAGAAACUGAUACAAGAUUGUUAAGUCAAAUUUUAUAUUUCAAUUCUAGAUCAAGAUGGUGCUGAGCCAAGUGGAAAUUCUAUCGCUGCCACCAACCUGAUGAGAUUGUCAUCAUUUCUUGAGAAGAAAGAAUAUCGCGAGAAAGCUGCCAAGAUUUAUGCUUUGUUUGAACCAAGGUUGAGUAAAAUGCCUCAUGCAUUACCACAGCUUAUGGCGUCUUUUAUCCUUUACACUGGAACACAGAAACAGGUGAGUUUGGUUACUUGUAGGUUUUAUGGUACUUGACUAGUUGGUUGUUUAAGUACUGCUAUCGUGGUUUGGUAUGACAUGGUGUAGCGGUAUGCUGUGGUGUUGUGUGGUAUCCGUAUGGUACUGGAUGUUAGGACAUAGUAUGGUAUAGUAAUUGUAUGGUAUGGUAUGGUAUGGUAUGGUAUGGUGUAGUCUGGUAUGGUAUGGUAUGGUAUGGUAUGGUAUGGUAUGGUAUGGUAUGGUAUGGUAUGGUGUAGUCUAGUAUGGUAUCAUUGGUAUGGUGUACAGUACUGUGGUGUGGUAUGGUGUGGUAUGGUAAAAACGGUAUAGUAUAAAAACCUUUGAUAAAAUGCUAUAUGCUGUUGUGAAAUGCUCAUAGAAUUAAUAAUUCUAGUAGGAUAUAAUUUCAUAUAAAUGGUAUUUUUAAUUUAACAAAAAUUUUCCAACACUCAAUUUAAAACAAUUUAUUAUUUUUACAGAUAAUUAUUGUUGGUGAGCGAGAUGCAGAAGACACAAAAAAAUUACUGGAAACGGUUCACUCUUGUUUCAUCCCGAAUAAAAUCCUCAUUUUAUGCAAUGAAAAAGAAAACCACUUUCUUGCUUCAAAGCUCAGUGUGUUAAAGUCCCUGAUAAAGGUGGACGAUAAAGCGACUGCGCAUGUAUGUGAAAACUUUGCCUGUAAACUGCCUGUUUCGUCCAGUGAAGAAUUAGCGAAACUUCUCAAAGGAAAGCAAGAAUGAUGGAUAUACAGCUAAAAACUCGAAGUUGUAACUAUAUUUAAGGAUCUAUACCUAGUUUUUUAUCUGCUGUAAUCUCGAAUGGUCUGUGCUAACAAGACAGCUAUAUAGAUUGAGAAAGAUAAAACGUCCUGAAAAAUACAAGCAGGACUUCGACGUGUGACUUCGACGUGUGACUUCAACGUCGACUUUCUGCUUGUAUUUUUUCUUUCUUUUAUGAUAUUGGCCACAUGUAGUCACAGAGUAAUUACCUACAGAGGUAUCACUUAGCGAAAAAACAGUAAGGUAGUUUUUACUGCGCAUCUCUGGCGGCCAUGUUGUUAGCAAGUGCUCUAAAGAGAGGCAUUCUCCCCCCUGGAACAUUAAGUUUCAAUAUGUUUUCAGGGUGGUGACGGCCUCUCUUUAGGGCACUUGCUAAGAACGUGGCCAACUGAAAAAAUCCCUUAUCAUGCUAGAUUAACUUGAAGUGAGACCUCUGUAUGUAAUUUCUCUGUGAUAUAGUUUAGUGGAACUCUAUAAUAUAAUACAUUUUACCUAGAAAGGUGUUUACAGUAAUAUCUGAAAUACCCAAAAGUGUUUGGAAAUAGUAGCACAAGCCAAGUUUUUAAGUCUUAAACGAAUCCGUAUUUAUGAACUAGGGUUUUACGCGAAAGCUGAAAGUUAAUUUAUGUGUAUUGUAUUUUGGCCCAAACAACCCAUGUCAAUACCACCAUCCAUUUGUUCGAGUGGUAUUCCAAUCAGGAAACAAUCGCCUGGGGUAUUAUUACCAAUUGAUUAUUGAUUAUAAUAAUGUUUAGUAUUAAUAUAGUACAUAAUGAUUAUACAGUGAAUAUGUGAGAUUUGAAUAAUGAGACAUUAAAAAUGCGUAUAAUUUUUCAUGUUUUUUUUUGCAUUGUUCAAACAGUAAUCACCUG